UUGCAAAUUAAAUGUGAUGCCGAUUAAAAUAAAAUCUGCUAACUAAAAAUAAAAUCUUAGGCUUUAAGCUGCUUAAUUUGCAUUUUUCGCUUUCUUCCGAUUAAACAGCUGAUUAAAAAAUAAAAUAAAAAGAAUCCUGGAUCUACAACUUGCCCAGAAGCAGUAACAAAAUGAUGAUCAGGUGCAAGGUUUUAAAACGAAAGAUAAAGCAAAUGAGAGUUUACGGGAAUAAGUUAUGUUUAAAUCCAGAUUGAAAUAAUAAUUUAAAAAAAUGCUCAUCUUUAUGCAUUUUGCUCCUUUCGUACAGACUCUGGCGUGCUGAUGUAAAGAUGCAGAGCCAGAAAUGCCCAGAAACGACUAGAAUGCGCUGCAGCUAGCUCACAAAUAGCUUUGUUGAUUACAGGGGAAACAACAGGAAGUGUAGUAUUGAUCGGCCAUCGCCACAGCUGAUAUUUUAACGCAUUACCUUCGGGAACUGGUAGUUCUUGUACAAUUAUUUAAUUAUUUUUUUUCCGCUUUAUUGUCUAUCCAAUAUGGUGGACCGCUACAGGCCCCCACCACAGCUGGCUCCAAUAACGAAAGAUGCAGACAGUGAAAUGUGUAGUGGUGGGAGACUGUGCUGCUCAGAAAACAUCCUUAUUGGUCUCCUACACCAGUCACAACUGUCCCUCACAAUAUAUACCAACAGUUUUUGACAAUUAUGCAGUCACUGUAUGGGUUAGUGGACAGCCCUACACGCUUGGCCUAUUUGACACAGCAGGUCACGAGGAUUAUGACAGACUGCGUCCCUUCAGCUACAAACAAACAGACGUAUUUCUUGUAUGUUUCUCCGUCGUUGACCCAACAUCUGCUGAAAACACCAGAACAAAGUGGGUUCCUGAGAUUUCCCAUCACUGCCCCGGCACGCCCUUCCUGUUGGUGGGCACGCAAACAGACCUGCGGGAAGACAGCACCAUAGUUGAGAAGCUGGCAACGAACAAAAAACGACCCAUCUAUCCUAAGGAUGGUAAAAAGCUGGCUCGAAAGCUCGGAGCUGUCAAAUAUGUGGAGUGCUCCAUGGUCACACAGGAAGGAGUUAAGACAGUUUUUGAGGAGGCCAUACUGGUAGCCCUGGGGCCUGGUAAAUGUAUCCCUUAGUUGCCUCUGUUUGCAGCUAUAGUAUGUAUGCAACGAAUUUUAAGACACCCAGUCUAAAUGUGCCUGAUUAAAAUGUGCUGUUGUAAAGCUGUGCACGUCACACAUUUACAUUAGGAAAACCUUACAGAUCACCUUUUGAAUCUACAGAACAGCAUGAAGCUAAGCUUGGUAUCCUAGAAUUGUGAUAUGUCAAUUUUAAAUUUGUUGUACUGGGUCAAAAGCCGGACCAGAGACAGGCUGUAAAUUAGCAUUCUGCUUUAAGCUCUAUGUACGCUGCAUCAGCUGCCCACCGGUAACAAUGUCUUAGUUGUUCUGUCCAUGUUAAAAUAAAUAAAAUGAAAUGAAAUUAAUUUUUUAAUACAGUACUUUCAAUUAGUUCAUUAUGUUUUAAUUAAGUGGUGAAAUCUGAAUGUGGGGUCAUAACAUAUAAUCACCAGGAUACAGUGGCUCUCAAAGGUCUACUCAUUUUAAUUAAAAUUCCUGGUUUCUGGCAUUUAAAAAAAUUAGACUAUAAUAAAUAACCACUUUUAAUGUGACAUUUGACCUACAGUUUAAUUAUAAAUUAAACUAAUAGUUAAAUAUCACAUUGCAAUAACCUUGUCCAGUGUGUGUCCACACCCUUUAACUCACAGGUGUCAAACUCAAGGCCCGCGGGCCGAAUCCGGCCCGUCAAGGUAAUUUAUCCGGCCC